CUUUUGGCAGCUCAUCGCGACGGAGUGAAAAAAGGUACCUCUCGAGAAAUUAUGCAAUUUUCUCAACGCUUGUAGUGCGGAAAACGCGUGAAAAAGUGCGAAAAUGCGUGCAUAAGUGUCCAGUGAGUGGCAGAAUGGUGGAAAAUCCGUGAAAUUGCGUGUGGGUGUGUGUAAAAAAGGCGUCUCGAGACAGUUUGCGAGCAGAGGCAAAAAGGGUGCCCCAAAGUGAAUUCUCUCACCGAGCAUCGUGCCAUCUCGCUCGCGCGCGCACCAUCGCGCAUAGUGGCAUCCCUCUUGUGCUCGUGCUGAGCGUAUGCGGUUGUUUUUUUUCGGUACAAUUAAAAUGGCUGCGACCAGUUUCAUCUCCUUUGUUUAGGACGGAUCACUGAAUUUUAGCCCCAUAUUUGGACUCGUGUGCCGUGUGACCGGGACAUUUGGGUGGACUAUCUGCCGUGAUCAUGCCGAGUGCCUCGUUCACAUCAUCGCGGUCCUAUGUGAGGCGUUCACGACGAAAAGGUGGAAAUCGUAUAGCGCUGCCAUCGAGAACUUCAGAUCCAUGCGAGCCACCAUGCCAGAAUCUUCCAGCACCCAAUGUGGGUUCGGCCACGUCGUCCGGUGGCCCAUCGACAGUUGCAGCGACUGGGACUAGCGCCUCCUCGAGCAGUAGUCCGGCCAAUUCCACAGCCAGUGGUAGUGGUGCUAUUACGGGCACGAGCAAUUCCAGUAAUUCACCGGCGGGAGCAUCAGCAGUUGCCACCGCCACGAAUGCCGCUUCCACAUCGGCGUCCAUCGCCACAGCCUCAACGUCUGCGGGCCACCAGUCGCCGUAUGACUUGAGGCGAAAAAGCCCAUCGGCCAGUCAUGAGAUCUGCAGCUGGAGUGGACAGACGCCGUCGACGAGUCACCAUUAUCAGAGCACGUCGAUCGAUGGUGGAUGUUAUAUGCUGCCAGCUCGCAAGAGACCCAGACGCACCUACUCCACCAGCAUUGACACCUGUACACCAUCGGCGGCGCAGUAUCUGCAGUAUGAAAUGCCCGAUGAGGUGCUGCUGACGAUCUUCUCCUACCUUCUGGAACAGGAUCUGUGCCGGCUGUCGCUCGUGUGCAAGCGAUUCAAUACAAUUGCAAAUGACACGGAGCUGUGGAAGAGGCUCUAUCAGAGUGUGUACGAGUACGACUUGCCACUGUUCAAUCCCGAGCCGUGCAAGUUUCUAUUCGUGAAGCCCGAAGACUCGGAUUAUGCGAAUCCGUGGAAAGAGAGCUUCCAUCAGCUGUACCGUGGCAUUCAUGUACGUCAGGGAUAUCAGGAUAGGAAGUACAAGGGGCGCAAUAUUGCCUACUUCAAUACCGUUCAGGCGGCUCUGGAUUAUUCAGAUGAACGCACCACGGCCACGGGGACUGCCAGUGGUGCCAGCCUGACGACAACCACAGUGUCUCCGGGAGUUCCUGCUUUGGCCAAUGCCGGAACGCCGGCCGGUCUGCCCUCGAAUGCCGUCCUCGCGGCCGAUGAGUCGUGCGUGUCGGAGCACCCAGGCAGUCUCAUCUUCCUUCACGCCGGUCACUAUCGGGGUGAAUUUCUCGUGAUUGACUCAGAUGUGGCGCUGAUUGGGGCGGCGCCGGGCAAUGUGGCGGAGUCUAUUGUGCUGGAGCGAGAGUCAGAGUCCACGGUGAUGUUUGUGGAGGGUGCGAAGCACGCCUAUGUGGGCCACAUGACCCUCAAAUUCUCACCGGACGUCACAUCAACUGUGCCCCAUCACAAGCACUACUGCCUAGAGGUUGGCGAGAACUCGAGUCCAACGAUUGACCACUGCAUCAUCAGGAGCACCUCAGUUGUCGGAGCAGCCGUUUGUGUGAGUGGCGUAGGUGCAAAUCCAGUGAUUCGGCACUGUGACAUCAGCGACUGUGAAAAUGUUGGCCUGUACGUGACAGACUACGCUCAGGGUACCUAUGAACAUAAUGAGAUUAGCCGAAAUGCCCUGGCGGGGAUUUGGGUGAAGAACUUUGCCAGUCCCAUCAUGCGAGAGAAUCACAUUCAUCACGGACGAGAUGUUGGGAUCUUUACCUUUGACAAUGGAAUGGGAUACUUUGAGCGGAAUGACAUACACAACAAUAGAAUUGCUGGCUUCGAAGUGAAAGCUGGUGCCAAUCCGACAGUGGUGAAGUGCGAGAUACACCAUGGACAAACUGGUGGUAUUUAUGUUCAUGAGAAUGGUCUUGGACAAUUUAUUGAGAAUCGAAUUCAUUCCAACAAUUUUGCGGGUGUUUGGAUAACGUCCAAUAGUAAUCCAACGAUUCGCAAGAAUGAGAUUUACAACGGCCAUCAGGGUGGAGUGUACAUCUUUGGCGAGGGUCGUGGACUGAUUGAGCACAACAAUAUCUAUGGGAAUGCUUUGGCGGGCAUUCAGAUACGCACGACGAGUGAUCCAAUAGUGCGCCACAAUAAGAUUCAUCACGGGCAGCAUGGUGGGAUUUACGUGCACGAGAAGGGCCAGGGACUGAUUGAGGAGAACGAGGUGUACGCCAACACAUUGGCCGGUGUGUGGAUCACCACGGGCAGUACGCCGGUGCUGAGGCGCAAUCGAAUCCAUUCCGGGAAGCAAGUGGGUGUCUAUUUCUAUGACAAUGGACACGGAAAGUUGGAGGACAAUGACAUCUUCAAUCAUCUGUACUCGGGCGUGCAGAUACGCACCGGUAGCAAUCCUGUGAUUCGUGGCAAUAAGAUCUGGGGUGGACAGAAUGGUGGGGUGCUGGUGUACAAUGGUGGACUGGGUCUCCUGGAGCAGAAUGAGAUAUUCGAUAAUGCCAUGGCGGGUGUGUGGAUCAAGACGGACUCCAAUCCCACGUUAAAGCGCAACAAGAUUUACGAUGGACGUGAUGGUGGCAUUUGUAUUUUCAAUGGUGGCAAGGGAAUCCUCGAGGAGAAUGACAUUUUCCGCAAUACUCAGGCGGGUGUGCUGAUCUCCACACAGAGUCACCCAAUCCUGAGGCGGAAUCGCAUCUUUGACGGCCUCGCGGCGGGUGUAGAGAUUACCAAUAAUGCCACAGCGACGCUGGAGUUCAAUCAGAUCUUCAACAAUAAGUUUGGCGGUCUGUGCCUGGCAAGUGGCGUUCAGCCCAUUGUGCGGGGCAAUAAGAUCUUCAACAAUCAGGAUGAAGUGGAGAAAGCGGUGUCGGGCGGUCAGUGUCUGUACAAGAUCUCCAGCUACACUUCCUUCCCCAUGCACGACUUCUACCGGUGUCAGACGUGCAAUACAACAGACAGAAAUGCCAUUUGCGUGAAUUGCAUCAAGACAUGUCAUGCGGGACAUGAUGUGGAGUUUAUCAGGCACGACAGGUUUUUCUGCGAUUGCGGUGCCGGAACGCUCACGAACCAGUGCCAAUUGCAAGGGGAACCAACACAGGACACGGAUACGCUCUAUGAUUCGGCGGCGCCGAUGGAAUCUCACACCCUGAUGGUAAACUAGGGUCUUGUUAUUUUCAUCAUGAUAUGCUAAAUCGGCCGACGAAGGAGAGGAAGUAUCAGCACGAUCGCACUGGAUUAAUAUGCUAUGCACAGGAUUUUAGCUACUCCGUUUCUUCUGUUUGUAAGUGAAGGAGACACUAUUUUUUCUAGCUCACAUUCACUAGCUCUUGAGCGUGUUCUUUGAACUGGACUUUUUAUUACUUAAUCUCUCAGACAUUUCACGAUUAAUGUAUUGUUUUCUUCUAUAUAUAUUUUUUUAUAAACUCCUAACUAACACUUCACUGUUAAUUAGACAGACUUGAGUUUUUUUAUACGUAUUUAUUUGGUAAAUUUUGGGAAUGGGAAGUAGGAAAAAGAAGCCAUGCCUCUCUCGAAGGAUCAAACAAUCGAAAUGAAGAGAUUAGCCGGAGAGAGAGUGCAAUGUGUGAGAAUUUUCUCCUAUUGACAGAUUAAACAUAGCAAAAAAAAAAACAACAGAAUAACAUGAUAACAAAAUUGUAUGAAUGUGUUUAGAUGUUAGAUGUGUGCCCAGAGUUUCCGAUUUGAUUUUUCCCGGAAAAUUUAUAAUUUAAAUGUAUCAACGUUUAUAUCAGAGAGACUAAUAUACAUACCUAAAGCAUAAAAUAAUAUAGUACAUCUCCUUUGAUGGGGGAAAAAGAGAAAUAUUAAUUUUUGUGUAUAUAUAGUGUGUUAAUUGACGUGGAGCAGUGAAAAAUGUUCAGCAAAUUGCAAAAUCAAUAUAUAAAAAAUGAGAGAUUUUCGUCUUCUAGCGGCUAUAUAUAAAUGAUUAGUAGUGAAAGAUAUUCACAGACACAUUUUUUAGAGAAUAUUGAGAGAGAGAGCGUGAAGAGAGCAAGAAGAAAGAAAAGAAGCGAAGGGAGAGGAAGUAACAAGAUUUUUUAGGUGCCAACAUUUAAAUAAAUUUCUAUUGAUGCGCAGAGAAAGAAAGCAAGAGAUAAAAAAAAUGGGCAAAUUGUUAGGAGGUUAAAAUGUUAUAUUUUCUUACGUCUAAUUACCGAUGAAUCUCAAAAUUUUUUUAUUAUCAAUUUCCUCUCACAAUAAAUUCUUUCUCAUGUCAUAUUUAGUGCUUUUAAUUUUUAAAAGAAAAAAAAUUCUUCCAAUUCACUGCAAUUCUGCAGUGGUAGUGAAAAUGUGGUGAAUAUUAUUUAUGUAUUUAUAGUAAAAAAAGGCGAUUAAUAUGGAAUAUCACAGAAAUAUUUUCAAAAGGAAUUACACGAAUAUUGUGACAAUGAUAAACAAUUAGCAAUUCAAAAUUGCGAUAGAGACAAAAGAGAGGAAAAUGAUAUGAAGAAAGCACAGGAGAAAUGCUUCUAAAUGUGAAUAACUAUAUUUUGGUGAAAGAGAAGAGAAAAGAAUCAAUAUUGGAAGUAAAAUAUUAAUAAUAUAUCCUAAGGGAGAAAAAUAUUUAUUCACGGAAAAUUGCAUAUAUGAAGCAGAUAAGCAGAAAUUCGAGUGAGACGCGAAGAGAUGAAAUAUUCAAGUAUUAGGAAACCUAUAAAAAAGAAAUUAUAAAUAUCGAGAUGAAGGAAGAAAAUUGCUCGAGGGAUUGUCAAGCAGCCCACUUAAGGAGAAAUAUUUAUUACUCAAUAAUUUGUCUCUUAAAUUGAUAUAGACUCUAAAGGUGAAGCAAGAGAGUAUAAUGUAAGUUCCGAGAGGAGUGAAGAUGGCGGAGCAGAUAAUAGAAUUUCUUUUUCAAGAGUGAGCGUGUAAAUACAAUAAAUGACAAUUAAUUGAUAAGAAAGGCUUACGGAAUAAGUGACGUUGUAGUGAUUAAAAAAAUGAAACUGGCGCGAGAAAGGCAG